AUGGCGGAGAACGGCGCGGCGGAGGUGCCGCUGUUCGAGGACGACGGCGACGAGGAGUUCGAGGGCGACCGAGGUGCUGAUUGUGCGGGGGGAGCUUCCUCCUCAGACGGACCGUCUGUGACGAGUCCGGAGCACGGGACUAACGAGCAAGGAGGGGAUAUCACAGAGUGCUCGAGCUCGUUUGCGGACUCCUUUUGUGAAACUGGCGACGAGGCAGACUUUGGUGACCUGGAAGUGAAUUCGCCCUUUUCAAUUCAUGCUGAUGGCGGUCAAGCCUCGGCGCUGCCCAGAAAGAAAAAGGUAACUGCUGAGUGGAGGAGUGCCGUCCGGCCAAUGCUGUGGAGAUGUGAGUGGUUAGAGCUGCGCAUGAAGGAUCUUUUAUCUCAAGUAUCAAAGUAUGAUAGCCAGCUUGCUCUCAUCAAGCAGGAAAAAGAAUUGCAGCGGGCAAUAAGCAACACAAAUGGUUCUAGGACAGAAUCAGGAAAGAGCUACAGAGGCCAUGCAAAUACUAGCAUGGAGAGGAGAAAGCGGAAAAGACAUGAAGACACCAUGGACACUUCAUUGUACCUCAAGAAGCACCAGAUAUUAUCAUACUUCUUUGGUCCGUUAUCUACUUAUUUUCUGUUUGUAGGGAUAGUGCAUCACAUUAUCCCAUGGUUGUCUACGUUUUGCGCCAGGAUUAUAUUAAUAAUGUUAUUCUUGUCUUUUGCAGAUAAACAAAACAAGGGAGCUCAAACAGGUGACCUCUUAAUUGACGAUGAUAGUCAUGGUACAGUUGGAGAUGCUACUAAAGGUCUGCUUGAUAUUGUUGGUUUGUCUGCGUCCAAGGAAUAUGAUCUGGAUUCUAAGCAAUUCAUGUUACAGAAAAUUCUAUUGAAAAUUAGUGGUAUCCAGUCUCGAGUUCAUCGUCUACAAGAGCGUCUCAGGAAGGCUGGCUCCAAACAAGCAAAGUUGGCAUCUUUCAUGGAUCAUGCUGAGGUCAACGUGGCUGAGAAAAGGCAAAGGACACAAAAACGUUCAUUCUCUCCUGAGAAUGAUCGAUAUGCUAGACCACAGAAACAGAAGAAGCUAAACAUUUUGCUGGAGCAGGAGAAUAGAACAGCUCUUUCAGUUAAGCCUACAUUGUCUGAGAGGGCAACUGAUUGUGUAAAAGAAGAACCACAGUGGGAUAGUGAAGAAAAAACUGCAGAGAGGAGCCAUGCACAUAAGAAAGCCAUCACAGUGGACCUACUCCUAGGUGCUGAAAGUUCCUUAGCAAAUGGUCAUUUCAGAGAUCUGUGCAAAGAAAACGCUGAUGAUAUCCUCAUAGACAACCGAGGAGCCAAAGAAGGUUACCAGCCAUUUGAGAACGUCAAGCAUCCACUGGAGGAAGCACCAGCGCUAACCGCGAACAUUGCUAAAACUGCUACCUUGAAAGCUGGGGGUAUCUCUGAACCAGCCGAAGCUGAGAAAAUUUCUAUUCCACUGGUUAAACAAGAACAAGAACUGAGUCGUGCAAAACCUCCAGCUUUGACGCUUGUGUACUCUGGAAGGAAAUGGAGAAGGCAGCCCAGACCAGAAGAUGUGGGCUCGGCAGCUGCAUCCAAGAAUCACAAUAAAGGGGCCUCCGAAACACCUGCUGAAAACCAGAAGGCUCAGACCCCAACCGCCGCUGAAAAUGAGAAUGCUGGCCCAAAGAAGCAGAAAACCAUGGAUACCCGGUCUUCUUCAAAGUUGAACUCUGGUUCUUGUUUAGCUGCAAUGAUGGCGAAAACUGGAAACUCAUCCUCGGCUGCAAAGACGCCGAAAACUGGAAACUCAUCCUCAGCUGCAAAGACGCCGAAAAGCGGGAACUCGUCCUCAGCUGCUAAGACACCAAAAACUGGGGACCUAUCCUCAGGUGGAAAUAAGCAGGCAGCUGAAACCUCAUCAGCAGCUGCAAAGAAGGCGAGAACUGGGAAUUCAUUCUCAGAUGCAAAGAAGCAGGCAGCUGGAAAGUCAUCGGCGCCUGCAAGGAUGGAUAUGAGCAAAAACAUCCCCACCAGUAUGAGGAUCGAGAAGGCCAUCUUGGUGGAAGUGAACAGCAGGAGGAGUCAAAGGGUCCGGAAGCCCAAGGUUUACUGAGGCGGACAGACAGGACUAUUCGAAUUCAGGCUAGUGUAAUUAUAAGAAACAUGCCUCGUUUAUCGACGUAGCCCUUUUGUCUCGUGCAAGUUCUAAGCUGUAUCGACAGUGGCGGCCGUUCGUGAGUUAAUCUAGUGUAGCUGUAUAGUUGUAAGGAUUACUGAAACAUAUGGUAUGUAUAGUUGUUAUUUGCUGAGCUUGUGUUGCAAGUAUGCUUGUACUUGGCAAGUUGGCAUCUCUCUGCUGCAUUGUCUGUUCAGUUUUGAUAUUUCCAGAAGUAAUUCGCCUAG